AUGCCACGAACGAGGAGAUCCUGCUCUCGCUGGAGCACGUUCGUCCCGGCAAGGGGUACAAGCCCAAUUUCAUCAUGUUCGAGAAGUGCGAGGUGAACGGGAAGGGCGCGCACCCCCUCUUCGCCUUCCUGAGAGAGGCGCUGCCCUUCCCGCACGACGACCCCUCGGCGCUGAUGACCAACCCGCAGUACAUCAUCUGGUCCCCGGUCUGCCGCAACGACAUCUCCUGGAACUUCGAGAAGUUCCUCAUCGGCCCCGACGGCGUGCCCUUCAAGCGCUACAGCCGGCAUUUUGAAACCAUCAAGAUCCAGGAUGAUAUUGAAUUGCUUCUGCAGAAGGUUCCCGAGAACGUUCUGGAAUAA